CCCAUCCUCGUUUCCAUCCAUCUCCAUUCCUGAAUCGACUGACCCGGUCGCUUGUUUCGGCCGUCCUUUCCCCGCUGUCCUGUUCUGUCUGCCUCAUCCGCCCAGCCCACUCGUCAGAUCGAGCCACUUGUCCAAAUGGAGAUCCCGAUCCCAGGUCUACCCGUCGACGAGAAAUACCAACGAUCUCUCCAGUCCAGAGUCGCUGGCCUCGUUGGGGCGAGGCAUUGCAACUUCCCUGGCGCCCAACCCGUCAGCUUUCGGCUCUGCCAUAUGGACGAGCUACUUUCGGAGAACUAUUUCGUCAGCGAAAAGGCCGACGGCAUCCGGUACCUGCUCUAUUCAUCUAUCAGCGAAUACGGAAAUCCAGAGUGCUUCUUGAUCGAUCGCAACAACCAAUACUACCGCCUGGACUCGCGAGGCUUUGUCUUGCCAUCAGCUGGAGACGGUCGGUCAUUCCAAAACGACACCAUCCUGGAUGGGGAGCUCGUACUGGAUGUGAACGAGGACGACACUACCACCUUGUGGUUUUUGUUGUUCGACUGCAUCGUCAUCGAGGGCAAGAGCCUCAUGCAGCGUCCAUUCACCACCAGACUGGGCUACCUGAAGGAGAACGUGCUCAAGCCAUACAAAGCCUUGGUUGCCCGCGAUCGCCAGCUCCAAGAGCAUGUCCCCUUCCAGAUGGACCUGAAGCGACAGGAGUUUUCGUAUGGACUGCGUCUGAUCUUUGACCAAAUCUCGACGCUGCGGCACAAGAACGACGGCCUGAUCUUCACAUCGUCAGAAGCACCCUAUGUCGUCGGCACUUGUGAGAAGAUGCUCAAGUGGAAGCCCGCGAAUCAGAAUACGGUCGAUUUCAAGCUGAUGGCCAAGCAGAACGGGGCAUAUUCGAUUGCAUUGUGGUACGGAGGCGUCAACGGACACCGCAUCUUUGGCCCAUUCGAGGUUUCCAAUGAAUUGAGGGACAGCUGGAGCACGAAGGAUGUCGACGGAGCCAUCGUGGAGUGCAAGUACGACCCCGAUUGGCCAGGACGAUGGAAAUUCGAUCGCUUUCGACGCGACAAAGACAAAGCCAACCACAUCUCAACAUACCACAAGAUCAUGCAGUCGAUCCGUGACAGGGUCGAUGCGGACGAGCUGAUACAGCUCACGCACGAAAUUCGCAGAUGCUGGAAGCAGCGAGAAUCAAGCAAAGGUGCAGCAACCAGGAGGCGGUCUGAUUGACCCAGGGGAUCGAGCCGCCACAGAACAUAGCCUGCGUUACAGACUGUCCCGGAUUGUGCAAGCGAUGUCCGAAGCAAAGCGAGAGCACCACAUUGCUUAUUUCAUGUUGGCAGUACGAUGCGCGAUGUCCAUACCUCCAGCCACUGACGAGUACGAAAUACAUGAUCAUUCGGAAGUCUUUCGAGCGG